CUGCAGCCUCAGGCAGCGCUGCCCAGAGCGAGAGGAAGAUGAAGGUGGCUGUGCUCAGCGUGGCCCUGCUCUUCUCCAUCCUGCUGUGCCCCCCGGCAAAGGCCAAGGGUCUCCGGAUGCCUUUGGAUCGCUGCCCUCCACCUAAGAUGCCUGGACCCCCCCCGUGGGCCGCUGCCAAAUCAAGGAAGCUGGAGUGAGAGCGGGGCUGGACCUGUGCCACAGGUGGGAUGGACUCUGCACCAGCGCAGGCCUCAGGCAGCGCUGCCCAGAGCGAGAGGAAGAUGAAGGUGGCUGUGCUCAGCGUGGCCCUGCUCUUCUCCAUCCUGCUGUGCCCCCUGGCCCAAGCCAAGGCACUCCUGGAAGGAACCCAAGAUGACCUCCGAGAGCUGGAUUUAGACAAUGUAGCGGUCCUGGAGACGCCUGCCGGUGUCAGACCCUCCCCUUUCAUGGCCACCACAGCCCAGGCCAUCCCAGUCUGUCCCAGCACAGGCCAGUGCACCCCUCCUGACAGCCCAGACAAUGCCUUUCCCCAGGGCUCCUCACCAGGGAAGCCUUUCCCCAGGGCGCCUGCUGCAAUCCCAUCCCGGUCACCCCAGGACCCCCUGGAUGAGCCAGGAUGCAGCCCCUGCCCCAGCUGUGCCUCUUGGCCAGGAGCCCAGUGCUUCUGGGCAGGAGCACAGCAGUCCUGCACCCCAUUGCUCCCACAGCCCCUUCCCUAAGCCCCCCUGCUCUGCCCUGCCUCCCAGUUGAGCCCAGUGCCCCCAGUGUGUCUCUAACUCUGCCUUUGUCCCCAGCCCCCUGUGGCUAAAGUGCUGCGUGCUCUUCUGCGGCAGAAGCGCCUGGCUGCCUCUCUGGAUG